UGCCUUCUGCAUUAUAUUAGAGCCCCAGCUCCCUGAUUCUUUCUAUUCGUCUCAAAACUCACCAUGCUCCGGCUGCUGGGUUCCCUCCUAUGUGUGGCCCUUGCCUCAGUCUGUGGCCGACCUUCCUACAAGUCCAUCGGCCGUGUUGUCAACGGUGAGGACGCGGUUCCUUAUAGCUGGCCCUGGCAGGUCUCCCUGCAGUAUGAGAAGAACGGCGUCUUCUACCACACCUGCGGCGGCAGCCUCAUCGCCCCCGACUGGGUUCUGACUGCAGGCCACUGCAUCUCGAGCUCCCUGACCUACCAGGUGGUGUUGGGCGAGUACGACCAGGGUGUGCAGGAAGGCCCCGAGCAGGUGAUCCCCAUCAACCGAGGGGACCUCUUCGUACAUCCAAAGUGGAACCCCAACUGCGUGGCCUGCGGCAAUGACAUCGCCCUUGUGAAGCUCUCACGCAGCGCCCAGCUGGGGGACACUGUCCAGCUCGCCAGCCUCCCUCCAGCUGGUGACAUCCUGCCCAAUGAGACCCCUUGCUACAUCAGCGGCUGGGGCCGCCUUUACACCAACGGGCCUCUGCCGGACAAGCUGCAGCAGGCGCUGCUGCCCGUGGUGGACUACCAGCACUGCUCCCAGUGGGACUGGUGGGGCUUCUCCGUGAAGAGGACCAUGGUGUGCGCUGGUGGGGACAUCCGCUCUGGCUGCAACGGUGACUCUGGGGGACCCCUCAACUGCCCCGCGGAAGAUGGCUCCUGGCAGGUCCACGGGGUGACCAGCUUUGUGUCUGCCCUCGGCUGCAACACCCUGAAGAAGCCCACGGUGUUCACCCGCGUCUCGGCCUUCAAUGAGUGGAUAGAGGCGACCAUAGCAAGCCACUAGCUCCACGGCCCAGCCGGCAGUGUGGACCUCACUCCCUUCCCAGAGAAUAAAGAAUAAAGAUCCAGAAAGCCCGA